AUGAAGCCUAACAGUAUAAGAGACAAAGUCAGACAGGGGAGAGUCUUUACCCUUAUUCCUAGUGAUGUUCAGAAUACAGAGGCUGUGGUCUCAGGUUCCACUCAUUCCUUUGUUUUGAAAACAUUUGCUUCUAAUUUGAAUAGACCUAUGGACCCAUUGAAUUGUGUAUUGUGUGUGUCUUCACCUUCUGGGGGCUCUAUGAUAUGUGCUUCUAUUUAUCCUACAUGUGAAAUUUUAAUUGGGGAUGUUCACUUAUAUGCUAAUUUGAUUUCUGUUGAUAUGGAUCAUUUUGAUAUAAUUUUGGGAAUGGACUGGUUAAGUAAAUAUCAUGCGACCAUUGAUUGUAUGUCUAAGCAAGUUGUCUUCCGACCUUUGGGACAACAUGAAUUUACUUUUGCGGGGCAUGGAGUAAUUCCUCCACCUUAUUUGAUAUCAGCCAUGAAAGCAUGUAAAUUAUUGCAAAAGGGUUGUCAGGGCUAUUUGUGUAGUAUUCUGCAUGUACAACCAGCAAAUGUGUGUGUUGAUAAUAUUCUUAUCAUCCGUGAGUUUCCGGAUGUUUUCCCAGAUGACUUGCUAGGGAAUUUGGUAGAUCGUGAAAUUAAGUUCGUAAUUGAUGUUGUGUCGAGAACUCAACCAAUUUCAAAGGCUCCUUACAGAAUGUCAAUGGCAUAA